UUCAAAAUAGUUUUGAACCUGGAUACAUAUAUCAAUCUGAAGCCCUGCAAAAUGAUAUAUGUAAAAGUUCAUCAGAAGUAACUACCUCUGUAUAUCAGAAAGCUUUUUUUACAAAAACUAGAUUAGAUGGUCUUGAGGUCUUUGUAAGUUUUUUUGUAUUAGGCACUAGGUCUUUUAAUCCAGAAAAGGACCAAGCUCUGUUGAAGCAGUUAAAUGAAUAUGAAUAUCUUAGGACCUUUCCAGAAAACGAAAUUAGUGCGAAUCAAUUUUGGAAUGCAUUUCAAGAUGCAUUAGAUAGUAAUAUUCGUGGAGUUGAUGGAAAAAGACACAUAUUAUCUAUUAUCGCCAAUAAACUUUCCUAUGAAGCAAUAAAAAAAAUUUACCUAUUA